AGCGGGGAUAGCGGCGACAGCGGGGAUAGGGGCAUGGUUAUCUGCCAUCCACAUCAUUGUACCUCUGCCUGAGGCGUCGCCGAUGAUGGGCAGCGGGGAUAGCGGCGACAGCGGGGACAGCGGGGACAGCAGGGCAGUAGUAAUCUCACAAUGCACCACCCCAUACCAGAUACACAUCCAAUCAACGGGCGGUCGAGACAAAGUCUCGGUACUUUCAACGAGACAUGACAGAGCGAAAGAUCAAUGCCGGCAUCGCUGAGAUGGAAUCACAUAUUCCGUCGCACAAGAGCAUGGACAUUGAGGCGUUCUCAGCGUUCAUUGUGGAUUACGAACAUGCGGAUCCCGCCCUGGAUGAGUUUUACCAGGAUGAGAUUCACGUCGCUCGCAGAUUCAAGGCGUUCUCACUGCGGCAAAAGUCUGAGAGCAAGCUCAUCAAGAACAUGCGACGCCUGUAUGGAAAGCAUUUUGCCGUCAUCUUGGGUGAUUGGAGCGACGCUGGAAAAACCAUGCGCUUUCAGGAGUCAUCAAAGACCAAGGGAUUCCGCACCCUCUUUGCAAGAAACAGCAUUCCAUGCUACUUGUUAGAUGAGUAUCGAACGUCUUCCGUGUGCCCAGACUGCCACGGGCGUGUGAAGAAAAACAUCCGACCCCGGCUGUCACCUCGGCCGUGGCAAGCCCGAAAGGGAAGAAUGGAAUACGUCCAUGGAUUGGUGGGUUGCCCCAACCCCAAAUGUAUCAACCAAGACUGGACGCCAUUUGAGAUUCCUGGAAGACGACCACUACGGAUGAGAGUGCACAAUCGGGACGUCCUAAGCACCAAGAAUUUCCUCUCGAUUGUGCGUUCGGUGGUGUUUGGCAAUGGCCGCAGACCAGACGUAUUCUCCCGUAACCGUAGGUAGUCUAGAAUCCUCACCCCAUCCCAUUUUCCGUGGUGGUUAUCUGCCAUCCACAUCAUUGUACCUCUGCCUGAGGCGUCGCCGAUGAUGGCAACUUGUA